AUGGCGUCCCCUUGCUCCCGCUUCUGGGUCCUCUUCUCCUUCACAGUCAGCUUCUUCCUUCUGUUCCCUGCGGUUCUCUUCUGGGGCGACAAAGUCAGCGACCACUUUCUGUCAGUCACCUCCUUUCCUGCUCUAGGGGGGGUACAAAUCAUGAUGGAGGAGCCCAGCAAGCCUUGCCCCCCUGUUGCAAAUGUGACGGCGGCUCCAGCCCUUGGGGGGGCAAAGUUAAUGGGAGAGAAGCCCUGCGAACCCUGCCCCCCUAUUCCAAAUGUGGCCGCUCCAGCGGUUCCCUUCAGUUGCACCUUUGCAACUGGUCGGGAAAGAAAGUGGACAACGGAGCAGCUCGACGCCUGUCCUGCUGUGCAGGCGCUCCUCCGGGCCUGGAACAGCUCGCGAUUCUUCGACGGCGGGGUCGGCACGGGAAGUCGAGCGCAGACGGCGGAGAAGGGGCCACCGUUGCCCCCACAUUUGGUAGACUGUGACCGGGUAUCUCGAGAGGAGCUAAGCCAAGACAGCAGGCUGUCGGACGGGGGCCUUCCUGACUGGGCAGACCAAAAAGGGUUUGCGGGACACCCGGUUCCUGACCCGUUUUGGGUUAGGGGCGCCGACGCGGACAACAUCCCCCUAACCAGACACGUUCAACAAGACCUGUGGCUGCGACAGCAUCCGCAAGACUGCAACGCGUCGGACGUCCGCUUUCUGGUGGCGGAAUGGGCGGACACGUCGACCCAUGGAUUAGGGUCCCAGUUACACGUGCUAACCGGGGGGUUUGCGUUGGCGGUCAUGACGGGCCGAGUGCUCGUGGUCGACAACAGAUUUGAGCGGGCAAUGCACGAGGGGUGUGCGGGUGAAAGCAAGGGGACGCUGGACUGCUAUGUUUUGCCGGCGACAUCGAAGGAGUGCGCGGCGCUUGCGCUUGCGGGUAAGCGGCACGGGGCAGGAUCCACUGCAGAUCUCAUCGCAGCGGCGCAAGGAUCGGAAGAGCGGGUGGUUUUGCUCCCUGAAUAUGCAUCAAUGGAUCACACGGUUAUGGACAUAGUGCCCGACUUGUGGGGGGAGCCUUGGAAGCUGGAACGGGGUUCGAUCGAGUUUGAGGGGAAGAUAGUGGACGAAACAGUUGGCCCAUUUGACUACGCGGCAAAAGUGUUUGGCCCCAUGAAUUGGUGGAGGGCGCAGGCGACGCGGUAUCUGCUCAGGGCUCCGAGCGCGUACCUGUGCAGACUGAUGAACGGCGCGAGGCACGAUGCGUUUGGGGUGGAGGUCGCGGCAGGGCUGGCGGAGAGCGUGCGCUUUCAGGGCGAGCAUGCGCUAGAAGGGGGUGGGGUCCGCGUGGCUUAUGGAGCGUUGGAGCAGGUGUUGUGGAAGGAUGACGUGUUUAUGCCGCGGCCCUACAUAAACGUGCAUGUGCGGCACGCUUAUGAGAAGAGCGGCGAGAUGCGGAUUGUGGACUUGCCUUUCUUUAUGGAGCAAGCGGAGAGGAUUCGGCAGCAUAACCCAGCGGUGCGGACGAUCUGGUUGAGUACUGAGUCUCAAGAUAUAUUAGAUCAGGCGAUAAGCAAGUAUAUGCCUCACUGGAGUUUGUACUAUACGAAGGCAGAGCGGAUCCAUUCUAAUGAAAAGGAUCCCUGGAAUACGCACACGCCGGCCAAAGCGGGGUCGGACCUGGCGUUUGUCAAUUUGUUUUUGGCCGCGGAUGCUGAUUACUUUGUAGGUGUGUUGGGAUCGAACUGGAACCGAUUGAUUGACGAGUUGAGAAAGACUAACGGAAAGCGGAAAGCCGGGUACAUUGCUUUGAACUACGAACAGUGA